AUGCCGGCCAAAGCGAUGGAGUUGUCGGAGUAUCUCGAGCGGAUCGAGCGUGCUUGCCGACCACCGAGGGAGUGGAGCAGAGCAUGCGAAAUGGUGAUGGAAAAUGUGGAGCAUGUAUUAAACGAUCAUUACGGUGAUAAAGGACCAAGAGUUAAAGCACAGGGAUCGUAUGUGCAGAGCUUGAUGAUACGUGGAAGCGAUUUGGAUUUAGUCUUGUAUAGGAAAGGUCGCCGGAUAAACUCUUGUUCUAAGAACUGCGUGAAAAGAUAUUUAACUACGACCACUGAGGCGGUGGUGCGGUUCGCUCUGACGUGA